AUGUUUAUCAAAUGGAAACCUACGGUGCUCUACGCCUCGCUGGCGCUGGCGCUGCUGGCUACUUACGGCAUAUGGAAAAAAAACAUCCUGGCGCUGCUGCUGGGCAAGCAAAUAGAGCUGCCCGCAGCCGCUUGGCGCAAACUGCUAUGGCUGUGGGUGGGUUACGCCAUCUUCAUGUCAGCGCUUAAUGCUUUCAUUGCCACCAAUUACAGCACCGAUACUUGGGCCAAUUUCAAACUGUGGGGCUUUGGUUUCUUUGUGGUUUUUGCUCUGGCCAAUGCCUUCAUCAUGGCUACUGCUAUGAAAAAGAGCGAAAACGAUGGGUCAGCGCAGUAA